AUGUCCGACUCCGGCCCACCCGUUCCCUUCAACGCCCUCCCCUUGGACAAAUCGCACUCCGCGACACGCCUGAACGCAUGGGGCGCACACGGCACAGACGACGAACUAGGGUUUCUCAAUCGGCAGACUCCAGACAUCAUCGCGGCCGCGGCCGCCAGCGAGAUCAAAUCCGGCGUGCGGAUCCCACUUGACGCGCCACUGGACUUCCAAGGGCCGAAACCGCUGUUCGGGCGCCAAGUGUUUAAGAAGGACGUGUACCAGAAGAAACCGCGGAUCGUGCACGACGACACGUGGGCGUUCAACACGCAGAGCUCGACGCAGUGGGACGGGCUCCGCCACUUCGGAUACCAGAAGGCGCAGCGCUUCUACAACGACACCACGGUCGAGGACAUCGCGGGGACGAGCGAAAAGGGGGCCAAGAACCCGAACGUGCUGGGCAUCCACAAGUCGGUCGAGCACGGCGGCGUCAUGGGCCGCGGCAUCCUGGUGGAUUUCCGACGGUGGGUGGACGAGGGUCCCGGGAAGGAGAUCGUGGGCGGCGAGUUCUCCAGCUUCAACACGUCGCCCAUCAAGUUCGAGUGGAUUCUCAAGACGCUCGAGUGGCAGAACGGCACGACCCCGCGCUUCGGCGACAUCCUCAUCGUGCGCUCCGGCUUCUUCAAGUCGUACUACGCUAUGCUCGAGUCCGAGCCCGCGGAACUCGAGCGUCUGACCAACAUGGCGCCCCCGGGCCUCGGCGGCGUCGAGCAGUCCGACGAGGUCCUCAAGUGGAUCUGGGACCACUUCAGCGCCGUCGCCAGCGACCACCCCAGUUUCGAGCGCUGGCCCACCCCCUACGACUGGAGUAUGCAUGAGGUUUUGCUGGCCGGCUGGGGCUGCAAUAUCGGGGAGUUGCUGGAUUUGGAGAAGUUGAGCCAAGAGUGUAAGAGGCAGGGCCGCUGGAGUUUCUUCGUCGCGAGUGUCCCGAAUUAUGUUCCUGGUGGGGUGGCGAGUCCCGUUAAUGGUGUUGCCAUCUUCUAG